AUGCCCGUCGACAAUCAGAUGCAAUAUGUUCGUCUCGGAAAGUCCGGAAUCAAGGUCUCGAGAAUUAUUCUCGGAGCAAUGUCGUACGGCAGCAAGGAAUGGCAGGGCUGGCUUCUUAAUGAAGAAGAUGCCCUCCCUCUGAUCGAGCAUGCCUACAAGCGGGGUAUCAAUACCUGGGAUACUGCCGAUGCCUACUCCCACGGCCGCUCUGAAGAAAUUCUCGGCAAGGCUCUGAUACGAUACAACAUCCCACGCAACCGCGUUGUUAUCAUGACAAAAUGCUACUUCGGCGUCAGCGAUGAAGGCAAGCAGAGGGAUGAAAGCAACAAGCCGCUGUUCAUCGAUCCGUCCAGCAAUGACAAGGAGUGGGUGAACUGCGCUGGUCUCUCACGCAAGCAUAUCUUUGAUGCCGUGGACGCCAGCGUGAAGCGCCUUGGUACGUAUAUCGAUGUUCUGCAAAUUCAUCGAUUAGACCGGGGCACGCCUCGAGAAGAGAUUAUGAAAGCAUUGAAUGAUGUGGUGGAAAGUGGAAAGGUUAGGUAUAUCGGUGCGAGCUCGAUGGCUGCUUGGGAAUUUCAAACCCUUCAAAAUAUUGCAGCUCGCAACGGCUGGCACCAGUUCAUCUCUAUGCAGAACUACUACAACCUCAUAGCUCGAGAGGAGGAGCGUGAAAUGAUUCCUUACUGCCAGGAUACUGGUGUCGGUCUCAUCCCCUGGUCUCCUUUGGCCGGAGGAUUCCUCACCCGGCCCUGGGGAUCCCAACCGACGCCGCGUGAGCUAACAGAUGAAGCUAUUAAGGGGCUAGUGCUGUCUGGGGCGACAGAUGCAGACAAGGCGAUUAUCAGUCGGGUGGAGGAGGUGGCGAAGAAGAAGGGCUUGAAGAUGGCCCAGGUGGCGAUUGCAUGGUUGUUGAAGCAUAAAAACAUCAACCCUAUUCUUGGAUUGAAUAGCCGGGAGAGUAUUGAUCAGGCAAUUGCUUCCUUGGAACUGCAGUUGACAGAUGAGGAGAUCGCAUACCUUGAGGAGCCGUAUGUUCCCAAGGCGAUUCAUCCACUAGAGAGGUGA